UGUGAAAUUUGUAAGAUGUCAGCAAUCAGCAGUAAACAGUUUCAAUAAAGUUAUCAAAGAAAAUAGAAAUACGUAAACGAAUAUUACAAGUCUUUGAAGAUAUAAGUGGAUUCUGAAAAACUAAUAAGCUGUUUUGUCUUAGAUCCACAACAGUCGGUUCUCAAAGUGCGCAUCUCAGAAAGGAGUUCGACUAAACAUUUUAUUUUAAAAAAGGAACAGUUAUUUUUUGUCUUUCUACUUGUUAAGAUGGGAAACUAUCUAUCAAUAAACUUGGAAGAUCAUUAUAAAAAUAAUGAAAAAUUCUUACAGAGCCUCAAUGAGAUAGCGAUUGAAAGGCAAAUUCAGAUGCAAAAUCAAAUGGCAGAUAGGCAGAGAGCUACAGCUGUAGCUAAAAGUAGAGACUUAUUUUUGUGGAUUACAACCUUUAAUAUAACUGCAACAACAGGCCUAUUUACAGGGUUCAGAAGAACUAAGAGAGCCUACUUUUUGUUUCCAUUAAUUCCACUUACAUUUGUUAACUUAUACUACUGGGAUCUUGCAUAUGGCAACAAGUUACAUAGAAUCAGAAUGGAAGCUGAACACAUAAUGACCCAUGAGGUGGACAUGUUAAAAGUACCAUGUGGUCUACCAACACCAUCAUCCAUUGACCAGGGUCGUAUGGCUGAAGAGGAGACUAAGAAAAUACAUCCACCAAUGCCUUAAAAUAACUGCGAGUGUACCUUUGCAGCUUCUAGAAAUGAUAGAGAUCAGUAUUAGUUGACUUUACUGGGAAAGUUGCCAAUUUAAUUAUUUGUGAUUCAAAGUUGGCAAAGCAUUCCAAAAUUAGUUGCAUUUAAAAAAAUUAUGUUGCCAAUAUAGUGAGAAAAUAGAACAUUUUGUUUAGUAAAAUUCACUUUAGUCUAUAACAAAUAUCAAGUUAGUAAUCAAUUAAAUUCGACGUAUUACACUGUAUGUAAUCGACGUCAAAACUAAAGUUCACGAUAAUAUACACUAUGUAUUAUAAACUUAAAAUUUAAACAUAACUUACAAAAUGUAAAGUGGGGGAUGAGAUUGUGACGUCAGAUGAAAAGACAAACAAAGAUGAUCCCUGUGUCUAAUCGAGAUAAAACAAACCGACGCAAUGCCAUAACGUGUAUCGCCUUUGUUUCGACUUGCAGUUUCUAUUUUCACUCUCUAAUCGAAAUCUGUAAUCUAAAGAAGAAUGUAAAUUUUAACUUAAUAUUCUUCUUACUGAUAGGUAAUAUAUACAUAUUAUAUCUCGGGAUCUCAGUUAAAUUUAAAAGCCUUAAAGUAUUAAUAAUUGCGAAUAUCUUCAUCGAAUCUAAGUGUCUUUGGAUUUAUAUAAAUCAAUUUAAAGUGUUCUAAUAAAUCUUAAUGUUAAUAUUUAUCGUUAACUCUUUGAACUAGUGAUUAUUAAUAACGGCGGUAUUUUAAGGCGCGAUCGAAGCGGUAAUUAAAAAAAAUAUAUUAUUUUGAAUAUUUUUAUUAGAUGCUAUUUUUGUGAUUUUUUUAACAAUGAGUCUUACUUGUUUACUUAUAUUUAAUGUUAUAGGAAUAUUAGUGUAUUAUGGAUUUGUUUUUUACGCUUAACUUUGGUUAACGAAAGAUUAGGCGGUAUGGUCGAAAGACUAUAGCCUGCGCCAUGGUCGAAAAGAAACAAAAAUUAACUUUGGUUGAGCGUGUAUAUUUUUUAUACAUUCUCUUUUCGUAUUGUAUACAAUUUUUUUUUUAAAUUGUAUCUUUCAGUCAAUUGUGUUUACUCUGUGAUAAAAAGAUACAGAUAACUGUUUAAUUUAGAAAACUAAUUUAAGUUGUUACUUAGUGGUUAACACUAUUACUACUAACACUAGUACUUAGUUGUACUUGAUUGACAAAAUUAGUAACAUACCUGCAAAAUUUUUAAAACCUAAUUUGUAAAAUCAGUUUUUAAUUUUUUUCUUAUAAGCUCUAUAAUUUAUUAAUCGUUAAUGCCGAUUUAUUUAUUAAAUUUUAUUAGUUAAGAAUAUUGUUUACCGCGAUGUCAUUAUUUAAGUGUUCAGUUAGAUGUUAAGUUUAAUGUUUUUUUAUAUAUAUCGCUUUUAUACUAAGGCGCUGUUCAAGUAUUACGUAAUCACUAUAGGGGGACGUAUUUAAUUUUCUUAUUUGAUGAUUA